AUGCCAUCUCUUAUCGACCUUGUUAAAGGUCUCAAUGUCGCAUUUUCAUCAGGGGACUUUUCGAGCUGCAAGCAGCUUUUGGGUCCUAUCAAAAUCGAGCUUUUAAAGGCUCAUUUACUUGUACCAGAUUUGAAAAAAGCUGACUCUAGCGAUGGAUAUCUCAACGAUCUGAAUAUCUGCAAGAAAGUAUUGGAAGUUGGAGCGCUUUGCAGCGUUGGUGACAAGGAUUUUGAUGGUUUUGAGGGAUUCUUCUCUCAAUUGAGACCGUUUUAUUUCUCCACAAAUAGCACGCUGAUGAACUCCGAAAACAAGUCCAAAUUGAACAGUUUACAUCUUCUGAUAGUGUUGUCGCAAGGGGAUGUGACCAGAUUUCAUUCAGAAUUGGAAUUUUUGGGGAAAAGGUUCCCCAACAUGGAAGAGGAUAAGUUUCUGUCGUAUCCUAUAAAAGUGGAAAAAUGGCUUAUGGAAGGCUCUUACCAACGGGUAUGGGAUCUUUUGAGAAAUGACUCCUCGGUUCCUGAAUUCAACGUUUUCACUGAGACUUUGAUGGAUGCCAUUAGAGAGGAAAUUGGUCGUAAUACGGAGCUAGCCUACAAGAAGCUACCAUUAUUUAAUGUAAAGGCUCUCUUGUUUUUCGACAGCGAGAAGGAUACGGAGCAGUUUGCACUCGAAAGAAGCUGGAAAGUAUCCGGCGGAUGUGUCACAUUCGAGCAAGAAGAAGUUUCUGAAAAUGUACAGGAAACGAGCAUCAUUGAAAAGACAUUAGAUUAUGCAGUUAGUCUAGAGAGCAUUGUGUAA